AUGUCUGAAGAAGAAGCCAGAUCUCCAAGCAGAGACGAAGACGAUAUAAUAGGGGAAGAAGUCGACGAUUUAUUUGGGGAUGAUGAAGAUGAGGACCAACAACCAAGAGAGGUCAAUGGUGGUGAUGACAGCCAAGAAUCUGAUGAAGAGGAGGAAGUCGAUGAAGCUGAGUUGAAAGCUAUAGACGUUUCUCUCCCACGUCACGCUAUUUCAAACAAGACUGAAGAAAAUGUAUAUAAUAUUAAAAUGCCAGUAUUUUUAAAUGUUGAAGCUGCCCCAUUUGAUCCAACUGAAUUUAAAGCUCAGGUUAAACAGAGUGCUGAAAAUAGAAGCAAACUUGAAAUGUCAGCCAAGCAAUUAAACGACGAUCUCGUGGCUGAAGGUGUGUUAAAUGAGAACACCAUUCGUUGGAGAUACUCGAACCAGAACGAUGAUAUCAUUAAGCAAUCCAAUGCUCAUUUUGUACAAUGGGAUGACGGCUCUCUUUCAGUGAAGAUUGGCAGUGAGAUGUUUGACUUUAGAGAAUUACCAAAUGCUGAUAGUAUAUUGGUGAGAUCUCAUGAUCAGUUGGAAUUCUUACAAAGUGACUCUAUUAUCAAUAAGUUGUCUAACUUGGUACCUACUUCAACGAACUCUGCAACCCAUAGAAAGUUGACCCAGGCUGUGAAGAAUAUUCAGAAGAAGGUUAAGAUUCUCAACACACUUACCGAGAGAGAUCCUUUAUCGAAGCAAAGAGAGGCUGACGAAAACGAGAGGAAGUUACUGAAAAUGAAGAGGCAAUUAGAAGCUAAAAGAAGGUUACAAGAAGAGAGAUUAGAGAGAAACAGUCCAAGCUUAGCCGGAAAUGGGCCAGGUGGUAGGUAUGAUAGUGAACCGGCUUACGAAAGAUUUGAAAAAACUUAUGGUUACGAAGAUGAAGACGAAGACGAUGGCUUUAUCGAUAACGAUGAAGAAGAAGAAGAAGUAGAAGAGGAUGAAGAGGAAGAAGAGGAGGAGGAAGAUGAAGAUGCAGCAGCCGAAAGAUUAAGAAAAUUGAAAUCUGCUGGUGCUGAGAAGUAUAGCAAGAGAAACGUUGAAGAGGAAGAAGAUAAGACUAGAAAGAAGAGAAGAAUUAUUGACUCUGAUGAAGAAGAAUGA